UUCUUGCAGCAUGUAGGAAUGCCGAUAUUGACGUGGUGAAAUGUCUGCACGAGUCGGGUGCUUCCCUUGACAUGACAGAUGUCACCGGUGAGACAGUGCUUCACAAGGCAGCAAGAUCGCCGACUGACACUAUUGACAAACUCAGAUAUCUUCUGGAUAUCAGAAAGGACCUUUUACAAAUUGUGGACAGUCGGGGAAGAACAGCUGCAUUUGCAGCAGUACUGUCUUGUAUGGAGACUGGAGACGAUGAGCCUCUGUCUUUUUUGCUGGAACGAGGACUUACUGUGAAUCAGACAGACAAAGAUGGACAUAAAUAUAACCUAUUGUUUUUUCUAUUUCAUAAUACAUUUGGGGUCACACUUCAUGCACGCACUUUAGAUAACAUAACCAGAUUUCUGUUGGGUAAAGGUGUCGACCCGAAUGUUCAAGAAGCAACUGGCAAAACGGUUUUGCAUUAUGCAGCAGAGAAACAGACUGGACUAUUGAACACUUUGUUGCAAGCAGGUGUUGAUCCAAAUAUUAAAGACAAGGACGGGAAGACUGCUUUACACUAUAUUGUUGAAGGACGAUGUAGUGACAAUGUUAAAUUGCUACUUAAUGCAGGAAGUGAUCCAUGUCUUCAGGAUGCUAUGGGUAAAACAGCUCUACACUGUGCAACUGAAAGAGGAAGGACUGACAUUGUGAAGCUAUUGCUGGACACACCCAUUGAUCUGCAAGUUCAAGAUGUAAGGGGCAAAACUGCCCUUCACUAUGCAUCUAAAAUCAACACUGAUAUUCUGAAACUACUGUUAGAUGAGGGAGCUGAUCCUUGUAUUCAAGAUGGGCUUAGAAAAAAGUGCUUUGUUAAAUGCAGUUGUGAUUAA